GACAUGAGAAUAGAAAUGACCAUUAUAAAUAGCUCAUGCGUCUCCAUAUUCUCUUCACUCUUCAUCGCAACAGAAUCUUGUAAUCUGACAGUGUCAUUAGAGAACUAUAGUAUUCCACAUAAUAUUGUUCUUCUCCAAAAGAAAAUGGUUCCAUUCAAGUCUUUAGCUCUCAUUGGUUUGGUUCUUGCACUAUCAGCCAUUGAAUCCGAAAGCAGAGCAGCAAGAAAGGACUUGGGUAUUGAUCUUGGUGGUGUAGGCCUUGGGGUUGGAGCAGGAGUAGGUUUAGGCAUAGGAGGUAGCGGAAGUGGCUCAGGAGCUGGAGCUGGCUCCGGUUCAGGAUCUGGUUCAGGUUCUGAAUCAAGUUCAUCUUCUUCUUCCUCAUCCAGGUCUAGCAGUUCAGGCUCUGGUGGAGGUUCUGAAGCAGGUUCAUCAGCCGGUUCCUAUGCAGGGUCUCACGCUGGAUCGGGUUCAGGCGGUGCAGGUUCUGAAGCAGGUUCUGAAGCGGGUUCUUCCGCUGGGUCUCGAGCAGGGUCAGGUUCAGGUCGUCAUGGAGGAGGUUCCGGGUCUGGUGGAGGAUAUGGUGGAGGUUAUGGCAAAGGAAGCGGCUCCGGAGAUGGUGAAGGAUACGGUGAGGGCGGUGGCCAUGGUGAAGGGUAUGGACGUGGCGGUGGCAAUUAAGAGAAUAAUAUACGAAUUUUAUCAAUAUAUAAUAUAGUUUAAUUAGGGCAUGUAAAAAAUAAGAAAACUAAGUUCGUUAGUGCUUUUAUAUGUGUUUGUGUUUCCAUCUCUUUCACUGUAACCAUUUGGAUGCAAUAAAAUUAUAGCUAUAAUAUGAAUAAAUUAAAAAAAAAAAAA